GUUUUGUUCAGGAACAAAAUGGCGGCAGCUGGCGGAGAGGAAAAGAAAGUCUUGAAGAAAAAGAACCCGAAUCGCCUCAUUGUAGACGAUGCUAUCAAUGACGACAACAGUGUCGUGUCUCUCAACCUGAAGACCAUGGAGGAACUUCAGUUGUUUCGUGGAGACACCGUGCUCCUCAAGGGUAAGAAGCGACGUGACACAGUCUGUAUUGUGCUGGCCGACGACGAUUGCGAAGAGGCAAAGAUCCGCAUGAACAAAGUUGUCAGGAAGAAUCUUCGUGUACGCUUGGGAGACAUCGUUGUUGUGCAAGCUUGUCCCGAUGUCAGAUACGGCAAGAGGAUCCACGUUCUUCCUAUCGAUGACACGAUUGAGGGUGUUACUGGAAAUCUCUUCGAGACUUUCUUGAAGCCUUAUUUUCUCGAGGCUUAUCGCCCUGUCCGCAAGGAUGAUCUUUUUCUUGUCCGUGGUGGCAUGAGGGCAGUUGAGUUUAAGGUCGUCGAAACUGAUCCUGGCGACUACUGCAUUGUUGCCCCAGACACUGUCAUCUUUUGUGAGGGAGAACCAAUCAAGCGUGAAGACGAAGAACGCUUAGAUGACGUUGGUUACGACGAUAUCGGUGGCGUGCGAAAGCAGCUCGCACAGAUUCGUGAGUUGGUUGAGCUCCCCCUCAGACACCCUCAGCUGUUCAAAAGUCUGGGAAUCAAACCGCCAAAGGGACUUCUGAUGUAUGGACCUCCUGGGUCGGGCAAGACUCUCAUUGCCCGUGCUGUGGCAAAUGAGACCGGUGCUUUCUUCUUCCUCAUCAAUGGCCCGGAGAUCAUGUCCAAGAUGGCUGGUGAAUCUGAGGAUAAUCUCCGCAAGGCUUUUGCAGAGGCUGAGAAGAACGCCCCCUCAAUCAUUUUCAUUGAUGAGAUUGAUAGCAUUGCACCCAAGCGUGACAAGGUCAAUGGAGAAGUUGAGCGACGCAUUGUUUCGCAGCUUCUUACUUUGAUGGAUGGCUUGAAAGCACGUUCUCACAUCAUUGUCAUGGCGGCCACCAACCGUCCCAACAGCAUCGACCCCGCUCUCCGUAGAUUUGGAAGGUUCGAUCGCGAAGUCGACAUCGGUGUCCCAGAUGAGACUGGACGUAUGGAGGUCUUGAGAAUCCAUACGAAGAACAUGAAGUUGUCAGAUGACGUGAACCUCGAGCAAGUUGCUCGUGAGACCCAUGGAUACGUUGGUGCAGAUCUUGCUGCCUUGUGCACAGAAGCAGCACUUCAAUGCAUUCGUGAGAAGAUGGACGUCAUCGACCUUGAGGAUGAAACUAUCGAUGCUGAGGUUCUUGAAUCCAUGGCUGUCUCCAAUGAUCACUUCAGGACCGCGUUGGGAAGCACGAAUCCAUCAGCUCUCCGUGAGACAGUUGUUGAAGUUCCCAACGUGACUUGGGACGACAUUGGUGGUUUGGAAGCUACCAAGCGGGAGCUGCAAGAAACUGUUCAAUACCCGGUUAUGUAUCCUGAGCAAUUUGCGAAGUUUGGCAUGAAUCCUUCACGCGGUGUGUUGUUCUAUGGUCCCCCUGGUUGUGGCAAGACCCUUCUUGCUAAGGCAAUUGCAAAUGAGUGCCAAUCCAACUUCAUUUCCAUCAAGGGUCCAGAGCUCCUUACCAUGUGGUUUGGUGAGUCGGAAGCGAAUGUUCGCGAAGUGUUCGACAAAGCUCGCCAAUCUGCUCCUUGCGUGCUCUUCUUUGACGAGUUGGACUCUAUUGCUAGAGCCCGAGGAAGCUCCGGUGGAGAUGCUGGUGGAGCUGGAGACAGGGUGAUGAACCAGCUUCUGACGGAGAUUGAUGGCGUCGGCGAGAAGAAGAAUGUCUUCAUCAUCGGAGCUACGAACCGUCCUGAUAUCAUCGACCCUGCCUUGAUGAGACCUGGACGUUUGGACCAGCUUGUGUACAUACCACUUCCAGAUUAUGCAUCUCGUGUGGACAUCUUGAAGGCUUGCCUACGCAAGUCUCCACUUGCCAAGGAUAUCAGCAUUGAUGAAAUUGCACGGGCCACAGAGAAGUUCAGUGGAGCAGAUUUGACUGAGAUCUGCCAGCGUGCUUGCAAGUACGCCAUUAGGGAGUCUAUCGAGAAGACCAUCCGUUACAAGAAGGAGCUGGAGGCUCGUGGUGAAGACGUCAUGGAGGAAGACAUUGAUCCCGUGCCUGAGAUCACUAAGAGCCACUUCGAAGAAGCCAUGCGCUUCGCUCGUCGCUCUGUGUCCGACGCUGACAUCCGCAAGUACGAUAUGUUCUCGCAGAAGCUGCAGCAGGAGAGAGGCUUUGGCAGUACCUUCAAGUUUAGUGACAGUGCUGGUGGCGGAAGCGGCCAGGCGGCUGGCAACGACGCUGCAGCAGAUGAUGAUGAUCUGUACAACUAGAUUGGCUAUCGUUGUAGUUCAACAGGUAGUGCUCCUUUCGGGCUGGCGAUUGGCCGCCCUCAGCUUUCCUGCUGUUCGCUGCAAGUAAAGAUUUUGAUUGCGC